GCAUUUAUUUUGAUGUUCGUUCUUCUGUUCUGUGCGCACACCACCUUUCACUCACUCCCACUCUCUUCCUCACCGAUUCCAAAUCCAUGGCUUCCUCUAUCGGCGACAACUUCAACCUUCUCUCGCCUCAACAGCAAGAGUUGGUGAAGAUGCUGCUGAAUAACGGCCAAGAGCACCUGUUUCGCGAUUGGCCAGCUUCCGGCGUCGACGACGACCAGAAGAAAGCGUUCUUCGACCAGCUCGUUCGACUUGAUUCGUGUUACCCUGGCGGUCUCGAAGCCUACAUCAAAAACGCUAAACGGCUCUUGGCUGAUUCCAAGGCUGGCAAAAACCCUUUCGAUGGCUUCACACCUUCCGUUCCAACGGGUGAGACUAUGAUAUUUGGUGAUGAGAACUACAUCAAUUAUGAGGAAGCAGGUGUACGGGAAGCUCGGAAAGCUGCGUUUGUUCUUGUUGCCGGUGGCCUUGGCGAGCGUUUGGGAUACAGCGGGAUUAAGGUUGCUCUUCCUGCAGAAACCACUACCGGAACAUGUUUCAUACAGCAUUACAUUGAAUCUAUAUUGGCACUUCAAGAAGCCAGCUCACAAGGUGAAUCCCAGACAGAGAUUCCUUUUGUUAUUAUGACAUCUGAUGACACCCAUGGACGUACUUUAGAGCUAUUAGAAUCAAAUUCUUAUUUUGGUAUGCAACCCGCACAAGUAACACUUUUAAAGCAGGAAAAAGUUGCAUGCUUAGAAGAUAACGAUGCCAGGCUUGCAUUGGAACCACAAAACAAGUACAAAAUUCAGACAAAACCUCAUGGGCAUGGUGAUGUGCAUUCACUUCUUUAUUCAAGCGGCAUUCUGAAAAAAUGGCAUAAUGCUGGGUUGAAAUGGGUUCUCUUUUUUCAAGAUACAAAUGGGCUUCUUUUCAAGGCAAUUCCAUCAGCACUGGGUGUCAGUGCUACGAAACAGUACCAUGUUAACUCUCUUGCAGUACCACGGAAAGCAAAAGAAGCUAUUGGUGGAAUUACCAGACUCACUCACUCUGAUGGGAGGUCUAUGGUGAUAAAUGUGGAAUACAAUCAGCUAGAUCCUCUUCUUAGAGCGAGUGGAUACCCUGAUGGCGAUGUAAAUAGUGAGACUGGCUACUCCCCAUUUCCAGGAAAUAUUAACCAAUUGAUUUUAGAACUUGGUGCUUAUAUUGAAGAACUCUCAAAAACAGGAGGUGCCAUUCAGGAGUUCGUUAAUCCAAAAUAUAAAGAUGCCACCAAAACUUCAUUUAAGUCCUCAACUCGACUUGAAUGUAUGAUGCAAGACUACCCAAAAACAUUGCCCCCAUCUGCCAGGGUUGGAUUCACGGUGAUGGAAACAUGGCUUGCUUAUGCACCUGUGAAGAAUAAUGCUGAGGAAGCUGCUAAGGUGCCGAAAGGAAAUCCAUACCAUAGUGCAACCUCCGGAGAAAUGGCCAUCUAUCGUGCAAAUAGCCUUAUUCUCAAAAAGGCUGGUGUCCAAGUAGCAGAUCCAGUAUUGCAGGUCUUGAAUGGGCAAGAGGUUGAAGUUUGGCCUCGUGUCACAUGGAAGCCAAAAUGGGGUCUGACUUUUUCUCUGAUCAAGAGCAAAGUCGGUGGAAAUUGCUCCAUUUCCGAAAGAUCUACUCUGGCCAUUAAGGGUCAAAAUAUUUUUAUUGAAAAUUUGUCCUUAGAUGGGGCUCUAAUCAUUGAUGCUGUGCAUGAUGCAGAGGUAAACGUGAGUGGUUCAGUUCAAAACAAAGGUUGGAUCCUUGAAACUGUUGACUACAAAGAUACCUCGGUGCCUGAGGUAUUGAGAAUCAGGGGUUUUAAAUUUAACAAAAUUGAGCAGCUAGAAACGAAAUACUCUGAGCCUGGCAAAUUUCACUUGAAGGCUUGAACAUGCAUCUGUUCGAAGAAGAUUUAGCCCUCAUGCUACAUUCAUUAUUCUUUGUCUCUUCUGUAACGUGUCUCUGUACUCUUUAGCUCUUUUGUUCUAAGCAGUGGCAUCGGAAGUUUUGCAGAGUUUCUCUCCCCUUCCCUCUCAACCUUUAGGUGUUUGAUGGGUACGAGUGCUAAUGUAUUAUUUUGUUCAUAAGUUUUGCCCCCACUUUGAUUUGAUAAACUAUUUAUGCAUUCCUAGUUGAAGGUGUAAAGAAAUUGAGCACAUUUGUAUCCGUGGGUAGAAAUAUUAUCAUAUGUGCAUUUAAUGUGCCAACAAGUUGGACUAAAGUAAAGAUCAAGUUGAUUGCUUUACCCAUCCUAUA